UCUCUCUGGAUAUUUCAGUUCAGUCACAGCUUACUCAUCUACUUGUGGGUAGUUAUAUGGCUACUAGUAUUGCUGUUUCACAAGAUAGAGAGAAUAUCUUGGUAAUAUAUCCCUCAGAACCUAUACUUUCUGAGGCUGCUUUGAAGAUUAUUGAAGUUACAGACAAUCAAACAUUUGUACUUGAUAGACUCGAAUAUUCACUGAAGAAUGGACUUGUUGAAGCAGGUUUUCGUGGAGAGCUAGUUGCACGCAUUAUCUUGAUUCUUGGAUGGCAACAUAUGUUAUCUGGUGAUUCUCUUUAUACACAAGAAAAAUCUGUGAGAGAUUUUCUGAACACACUUUUUGGAAAUUAUCAAACUCUUAAGCAACGUGACAACAGACUUAAAUCUUUAAAGCUUAAAACAAUGUUUCUGCAGUCCAAACUGUGCCUUACACAUUUUGUUCAGCUUAAUGACCCACCAAGUUGCCAGGUUCUUAAAUGCCUCUUUGAACGUGGUGCUGGGGCAAUUUUGGGACGCAAUGCACGUGGUGGUGAUCUUCUGUUGCCAGUCAAGAUGAGUAAUAAUACAUCAGAGGAAAAGUAUUCAUUUAUCUUGAUACAAGUAAAGAACUAUUCAACUUCUGGGCAGGCUUAUACUGAAGCAGCCACUACAAGAUUGUCACCAUCUUCAGUCUUUGAGGGAUCAGAGUUAGCUAAUCUUGAUUUGCCUUAUUUGUGCUUUUAUUGGUCAUUAGGUGCAACUGAGAGCAAUUUAAGGUUGCAAUUUAAGUCCUGGAAAGACUUUGAACAACACUGGGGAGUUUUCUCAUUAGAUCCAUUUAGAUUUCUUACUGAAGAUCUUAAAACCAAAUUAUAUGCUUUACUAUGUGCAUAUAUUAACCCAUUUGAUAGCAUUAGCAUAUGGAAGCGCAGACCAACAAUUAGUAUUGAACAACAUAGGGCAAAUGUCAAAUGCUUCUUUCCAGUUGAGAAGAUUUAA